CGUUGAAGUCUCAAAGUAGCGCAACAUUUCCUUUAUCCCGUCUGCCUUUGUUGUCCAAUAUUUGUAUAUAUUUUAUUAAAUAUGUAACUAAAAUGUAUUCCGCGUUGAUUUAAAGUGUCUAUUCGGACGUUAAUAUCCUAAAGUUUCGUUUUUGUUUGUUUGAAAUCUCCCGCUAACGACACCGAGCUACAAGGAGCUAACUUUAGCUAGCAGCUAGCUUCGUGUGUUUUCGUUUUGUUGUUUUGAUCGAAGAGAAAGUUGAAAGAAGAUAAACUCGACUUCUACACCGCGAUGACUUCAGCCUCUGCAAAGGUGGGCGAGAUUUUCUCUGCAGCCGGAGCUGCUUUCACUAAACUGGGAGAGCUGACCAUGCAGCUGCACCCGGUGUCCGACUCCAGCCCUGCAGGAGCGAAGUGGACAGAGACGGAGAUCGAGAUGCUGCGUUUGGCGGUGCGUCGCUUUGGAGACGACCUGAACAACAUCAGCACGGUGAUCAAAGAGAGAACUGUCGCUCAGAUAAAGAGCACGGUGAAGAGGAAGCUGUACGAGGACAGCAGAGUCCCCAUCUCUGAGUCCCCAAAGAAGACGGUCAAGAAAACCUCCGUCUCCAUGACAACGGCUCCACCCCCGGCUACCCCGGCAAUGAUCGCUGGGCCAACCUCGCAGGUCGUAGUGGCAACAGGCAUGCAGAGCAGCCCCUCCAUGGCCCCGCCCAUAAAGAAACAGAAGACGGCGGACGUGACGCUGAGCGCGCUAAACGAUUCAGACGUGAACAGCGACCUGGUGGACAUCGAGGGGCUCGGAGACGGAUCAAACAGCAAGAAGCUCAACUUUGACCAAGAGAGUCUGAACCUCGACUCCAGCCUCAUCAUGAACUCUAGUGACCUCCCACUGCUCUCCCGCUGACCUCUCCACAUCUAGUCACAAAAACAACACGUUCUUUAUUAUUUUAAACACGUUUAUGUUUCGCCUGUUACCUGACGCCCACCUGUCGAUAAUUUAGAAACAAACAGGAAAUAAUUUUUAUUUUAAGUUGAAUCCCUUUUAAACUGUCAGGAGUCACAUUUCAAACGUUUUUUAUUUUAAAGACUCUUUGACGGAGGAGCUGCAGGUUCAUUUUUCUAUGUGAAGAAGAAUCAUGUUUCAUCAGAGACGAACAAAAACAUCCAGAACUAAACGUUUGGAAGAAAGGAGGAGCUGCAGAUGAGCUAUCGAGGAAGUGUUUCUCCACUUGGACUCUCAACAUCAUGUCAGCCUGACGCUCCUGAACAUGUCACUCAAGAGUCAUGAUGUUCUGAAUCAGCUGCUCUGUAGUUCUGUGAUUGGUAGUUGGAUCCUCGGCCUGCUGGUUCGAGUCCCAACGAGUGUAACGUCACGUCUUUCUGAUGCUUUGUGAUCAUAAUCGAGCUGCAGAGUUUGGAUUUGAACAUUUUAUCGUCCAGUGAGAGUAAAAAAAAAACUGAAAACA